UCAAAAAAUAAAAUACUUAAGCAAUAAGAAUUCAAUAAAAAUAUGGAUCAAUGCUCUGAUAAUCUAAAAAGGCAAUUAAUAAAAUGUAAAAAUAUAUUAAACAAAGGCUAUACAUGUAUGCAAAAUAGCAGAUUAUCCUGGCUUAAUACAUUUUGUUCAGAAUUUCUCAAAUUUUCAAAAAAUUUGCACAUAUUUUUGUCGCAGCUGCAGGAGAAACAUAAAUAUGACAAAAAUGAUCAAGUGGAGAUUAUAUAUUUGUGUUUAACCCAAAUUGUGACCUGCAUCAAACACAUGGAAAAUACCAUAAAGGCGGAGGAACAACUAGGUGCGGCCAUUUCGGCUUCACGUCAACAUUUCCUAGAUCGCAUACACUGGUGUUUAGAUCGCUUGCGUAGUAGUUUGAAAUCCUUGUCUGCGCAGGAUAUCAAGAAACCUACAACACCCGAAGAAAAAUCUUUUGUGGAACUUAUGGAUAAGGCUUUUGAUUUCUUGUCGCCCUACAGCAGCUACAAGGAUGAAUCACUUGCCAAUGUUUCGCAAACAAGGAUAAAUCUAGCAGAUAAUCAGGCUCAGGCCAUGUUUGCCAGCCAAAAAAUACGCUCCCUAGUAGAUUUAAUUCUAAGUCAUACCUUAGCAUUUGCUAAUGUGGCUUUGAAACAAGACAAAAAGGCCUUAAGUGCUUUGUGUCAAAAGGUUUUACGUGAAUGCAUGGCAUUUCAGGAAGAGUGUGCGGCUGGCAUGUUACCGGGAGCCCCUCUAAACGAUAGUAAUCGUAAACUGAAGGCCAUUUCUUUAGAAAAUGCUCUGUAUCAUUUGGAGGAUUACAUUAAUGAAGCUCUUUUACGUUUGGUUUAUACCUGCUUUUUAGAUUUUAAUAAGUUUUCCAUAGAUAAAUUGAGAAAUGUAAUACGGGAAGGGGAUGUCGAUGAUCCGGUAUUGGAUGAGUUGAUAGCAGAUUUUGAUGUCAAUGUGGAUAGGACAACACAGAUAGGUAUAUUUGCUAUAGCAUUUGCACCGAAUGUAAAAAUUAAAACCAUUGUACGCAGCUGUUUAGCUUCAUUUGAAUCUCUAGAUUCUUGCAUUAUACCAUCUCUGCAAUCUAAGGGUACUUCAGAUAUCUUUGCCAAACUUUUGGAACAACAUUUCAAUGAAGAGGUGGCCAUCUUUAAAAGAGCCAUACAAGAGAUUAUCGAUAGUCAAGCAUUUGCUUCCUGUUUCUAUGAACAAUUAACACAAGUCAUCAAUCAAAAUGACAAAGAGUAUAGGAAAGAAACGCUGGAGGAUGUAAUAAAAAUGGCUGAAUUCUUAUAUGAACACUUUCAAUUGCCAGUUAAUAGCAAAGAAUUGCAAAAAGAAGGUGAUCGUUUGGAUUUGUUUAAGAAAUUCCACCUGAUGCAGCAGGAAUGUCAGGCUGUUUUGCAGUGCACCACGAUGCAGGUGGAACCACAAAGGGUAUUGAAACGUUUUAAAAUUUUACGUUCUGUUUUACGUAAAUUAAUUGAUGAACUUGGUGAUAAAACCAGUAAAGGAGGCGUUAAUAGAUCCCAAGUGUUUAUAAUGUCCGAUGAAAUAAGUGAUUCACAGAAAAUGUUUGCCACUAUUGGUAUAUCACCCUCCAUACGUAGUAUACUGUAUAAUAACAAUACACCCAUGGAUAAUCGUAGGCAACAACGUUUGUUAAAUGAUUCGUUAAAGGCGAAUUAUUCAAAAUUACCCAUAACGCCAGCAACUAUAAAAACUGAAGCCUCAAAUUCCCACAAUUCAAAUAGUAGAGAGGCAAACACAACAAUUCAACAAAAUGUAGCAAGUGUAGCGGCUGCUAAAGUGUUGUCCGCUACGCAAACACAAAGAGCCAGUAUACGUAGAAAGGAAAGUUUACGUACCGCUUUGUUUAAGCGACAAAAAUCCGGCGAAACCGAACAAAUCUACAGUACAUACAGAAAUAAUUCAGACAGUUUACAAAUCAGUGAAAUUCUCGAUCAGUUAACUGGUUUAUCUUCGCAUUUAUCCAAACAUACGCUUGAUAAAAGUAUUAUUUCAAAUUAAUUUUUAUUUUAUUACUAUAAAUACUCACCGUUAAGUAUUGUAAUUAGUAUUAUGAGCAUUUUUCUCAAUUAUUUAAAGGAUUUACUUUUUAUUUGAUGUUUUUAGUUUACACAUUUAAAAGUGUAUUCGUUUAUUUAUUUGUUAAUGACCAAAUGAUUUUAAAAAUCAAUCUGUAAAAACAAAACAAAUUCAAUUUUUUAUUUAAACAAAAGUUUUUUUUAUAAAUG